AUGCCUCCACCAAGCAGACGCAAACAACAAAGUCGUGAAGCUAACGAAAAAUCAAUUGAAGCAAGAAAAAACUCCCAAGAAAAGAAUGCGCCAAAGGAAGUCGAUCCAAAACACUGGACUGCUUCUGUAAUUGUUAAUGGUGACUCUUAUACUCGAGCAAGGAAUUUAUUUCAAGAUAACAAUAUUAAAGUGCCGAGUGAAAAAGAGUUUUACCGUCAUCAAAAAGAAAUAGGUAAGGUAAUACUAGAAUAUAAAGAGCAAUCUAUUAAAAAUGCUCAACAAACAAUGAAGAAAGAUACAUUUUUAAGCACUGAUUCGCAUUAUAAUGUUGGCAGAAAUGCUACAGCGUGCCAAAGUUUAAUGAUGGACAACCGUGGAAAAGUUGUUGGUGAAACAACUGUUAUAAAAAAGAGCUCUGGAGGAGACUUUGAAGGCCCAUCCAACAUGAUGGAAACAGAAU